UUUCGUGUAUUUUUGACUAAUUUGUUAUCCAAUUUUGUACACAAAAUCAAAAUUCCAUAAGGCUAUAAAAAGGAUUCAAUAUUCCAGUAAAAACAUGUGAUUCUAAGUGAAAAAAAAAACUGAAUUUGCUGAAUCAGUGACUUCGAGUGUCUUUCGUACUAGAGUGAUUUAUAUUGCAGAAGAGUUCACGUUUAACUUAAAUUGAUAUUUUAGACAGCCGGAAAACCGUAGAGAGCCCCAAACAGAACUCACGACUGUGGAUGUUCUUACGUUUUUUCUUUCGUUGUUGCAACAACCAAGAGAUGAAUACACUAAACAAACCCGUUGGCCCGGCAGAAAACGGCGCAAUACAAGGUGAACGAAUAAUAAUAUUAGAUGCCGGGGCUCAAUAUGGAAAGGUGAUCGACCGAAAAGUACGAGAGCUACAGGUAAGGUCAGAAAUAUUGCCUUUGGAUACUUCCGCUCAACAAUUGAAAGAGGCUGGCUGCCGAGCCAUUAUUAUUUCCGGAGGGCCCAGCUCUGUCUACGACGAUGAUGCGCCUGUUUACGAUCCGGAUAUUUUCAAAAUAGGCUUGCCAAUCCUAGGUAUAUGCUAUGGGAUGCAAAUCAUUAAUAAAGAGUUUGGAGGUACUGUGCAAAAGAAGGAUAUACGAGAAGAUGGCGAACACACUGUGGAUGUGGAAUCGGCGUGCCCUCUGUUCAAUGGACUGACCCAGGUGCAAACUGUCCUACUAACACAUAGUGAUAGCAUCGAUCGACUUGGAGCCAAUCUAAAAAUAAGCGCUUGGUCCUCAAACAAAAUUAUUGCUGGUAUCUAUAACGAGCAAUUGCGGAUCUACGGUGUCCAAUUUCACCCUGAGGUGGAUCUAACUGUAAAUGGCAAGCAGAUGCUUUCCAAUUUUCUGUACAAUGUAUGUGGUGUAUCUCCAAAUUUCACUAUUCGCAGUCGGCGGGAGGAUUGUAUUCAAUACAUCAAAGAACAUGUUGGAAACAGCAAAGUUUUGAUGCUGGUAAGUGGUGGAGUAGACUCUACAGUUUGUGCAGCACUUCUUCGGCACGCUUUGAAACCUGAGCAAGUUAUAGCUGUUCACAUUGAUAAUGGUUUUAUGCGUAAGAACGAAAGUGCAGCAGUCGAGAAGUCCCUUCGUGAACUCGGUGUUGAUCUGCUGGUGAAGGAUGCAUUUUUCCAAUUCUCGCGAGGCUCAACCACAAUUAAAGUUCCCGGGUCGCUCCAUAAUCAAGAUACACCCAUGCUUUGCCAGACUAUUAGUCCAGAAGAUAAGCGCAAAAUAAUCGGGGAUGUGUUCGUCAAAGUAUCGAACGAAAUAUUGAAGGAUAUGAAUCUGAACACUGAUGAAGUAUUCCUCGCCCAGGGAACGCUUCGUCCAGAUUUAAUUGAGUCUGCAUCAACCGUGGUCAGUUCAGCAGCGGAUACGAUUAAAACGCACCACAACGACACAGAAUUGAUUCGGCAGCUACGAAACACAGGAAGGGUUAUUGAACCGCUGCAGGAUUUCCACAAAGACGAGGUUCGACAACUAGGCUACGAAUUGGGAUUACCAGCACACCUAAUCGAAAGGCAUCCAUUUCCGGGCCCUGGUCUAGCAAUUCGUGUACUCUGUGCGGAGGAACCAUUUAUGAAGGACUAUUCUGAAACACAGGUAAUAGCUAAAGUAAUUGUGGAUUACAAGAAUAAGCUGGAGCAAACACAUGCACUUCUAAAUCGUGUGUCUGGAACGACUACCAGGGAGGAACAGAAAAAACUCUGCCGUAUAUCCAGCAGUAUGAGUUUGAACGCAACUUUACUACCAAUUCGCAGCGUUGGAGUUCAAGGUGAUAAACGCUCCUACAAUUAUGCGGUCGGCCUUAGCAGUAAAGAUCAACCUAACUGGCAAGAUAUGAUGUUCCUGGCGAAACUAAUUCCCCGAAUACUUCAUAACGUAAACCGGGUAUGCUAUAUCUUUGGCGAUGCGGUUAAAUAUCCUGUGCAGGAUAUAACCCAUACGCUGCUAACGCAGAACGUAGUAGCGCUGAUUCGACAGGCUGAUAGCAUUGCAAACAGGAUCUUGUUAGAGCACGAAUGCACGCGAAAAAUCUCGCAAAUGCCAGUUGUUUUGAUUCCCGUUCAUUUCGAUCGUGAUCCGGCUCCGAAAACGCCAUCCUGCCAGCGGUCAGUCGUUUUAAGACCUUUUAUAACUAAUGACUUCAUGACGGGAGUACCCGCGGUACCUGGCUCGGAUCAACUGCCACUACCGGUGCUGCAAAAAAUGGUCGACGAAAUUAGCAGUCUAAGUGGUAUUUCUCGAGUGUUGCUAGAUUUGACAUCCAAACCACCGGGCACUACCGAAUGGGAAUGAUUUUUCAGAUCCGUGGCAACCAUCAUGCGUAUUGCCCCUAUUUGUUGAACUCUUGUUGCCAGCUAUUAUUCGUCACCGGUCACCUCUUUGUAGCAACUCAUCCAAAAUGACACUGCUUCCUACGCAUGUCGAGGGCAACCUUACUCAAAUUGAUCAUAUUGAACCGAACGAUUGAGUAAAUAUUUUAGUUUUCAGAGAACAUGCUAAUUCUAUAGAAGAUAACCAAGGUAAUAUUGUGAAAAACAAGCUCGACUUCUGAUUUGAACAUAAUGUCAUUUAGUUCGAAAAUGUAAUAUGAUAGGAAUUCAAGCUUCAGUCGAUUUGUUGCUAUUUAUUGCGGUUACAUUUUCAGUUACAGAAGUCCCAGCAGAUCGAUUAGUUAGUUUUUAAAACAAUAUAAAACGUUUGCUUUUGAUGUAAACAUAUUGUCCAUCUGAGUAAAAUUGCAAGCUGCAAAAUAUAACGAUUGAGCAAGGUUGAGUCUUA